AUGUUAGACAAUGCACGAUCCCAGACCCGGGCAGAUGAUCAGUCGGGGUUCCAUGUGGUAGACAGCACCAAGCCAUUCAACGAGGGAACGUUUGACCUCGUACUCGCUGCCUGGCUUCUUAACUACGCCGCAAACAAAGAGGAGUUAUUAGCGUUGUGGCAGAACAUUUUUCACAGCCUGAAGCCCGGAGGGCGGUUUAUUGGCGUCAUUCCCAGUUCCGGAAUACUGCAGACCCCUUCCUCUGCACGGAGAUAUUAUUUCGAAGGAGUCAGCGCCGAAGCGCUAGAAUGCGUGGCUGAAGGGAUUCGAACUAAAAUUACUCUUCACGCCACCGAGCCGAUUACCUUUAGCUGUUACGUACUGGAACACAGGCUGUAUAAGAAAUGUGCGUGGCAGGCUGGGAUCCGCGACUUGAAAUGGGAACCGCUUCCAAAUGAUCUCCGCAUGGAUAGCGUGGAUUGUGGAGGUUAUGAAUGUCUUCCUUCUUUCCAAAUUGUUUCUGCUUCACGCCCUAAGAUGAGCGUCAGGGACGGUGUAUCUCUAUGA